UUCGUCUUGAACGUGUCUUGUUGCCUGGUACUGCUCGUUUGAAAUUUUCGCGCUCUAUAGACACGAUUUCCACCAGUUGCCAUAUUUUUUCUUCGCUUUUAAAAAUUGUACUGUAACUUUGCAAUUAUUGUUUUAGUGUCGUUGCGUGUUCGUAAGAUACGUUUCAUAAACACAUAUUAUUUACUAACCAUGGAAAACAAUACAAAAUCGUUACCGACUUCUCAAGAAUUUUCAAAUGAGUUCAAUAAAUUCAUGACGUUAACAAAUAAUAACUAUUCACCAGAGCUUUUGUCAUCCCAGUCACCGGAGUUGGAACUUACCAUUAAUUUGAAAUUGGAAAAAGAAAAAUAUUUAGAAGAUUAUGAAAGACGUAACGGAUUUGGUUUAUGCAGGGACGUUAAUCAAUACCAACCAUUGGCGCAGAUCGGCAAAGGAAGCUAUGGUGAAGUGUUCAAAGCAUAUGAUAUAAAUAAUCCUGAUGUUAUAGUGGCUAUGAAAAAAAUUCUUACGUUGCGUGAAUUAGAAGGAUUUCCAAUGACAGCAUUAAGAGAGGUUCGGAUUUUAAAACAAUUGAGUCAUGAAAAUGUUAUCAAAUUGAUAGAAGUUUGUCAUACUAAAGUCUGUAAAGCAAAUAAUCAUCGAUCAACAUUUUUUUUGGUAUUCGAAUUCUGCGAACAUGAUCUAGCUGGCUUAAUAGCAAACAGAGAAUUACGAUUUGAGCUAGCUGACAUUAAACAGUUCAUGCGACAGUUGUUAAAUGGUUUAUUUUACUUACACCUAAACAAGAUUUUACACAGAGAUUUGAAAUCAUCGAAUAUAUUAGUCACAAAAAGGGGAACUCUAAAAUUAGCAGAUUUUGGUCUAUCUCGCGCAUUUAGUACACCGAAGGAAAAUAAACCAAAUAAUUUUACCAAUGGUGUAGUAACACUAUGGUAUCGUCCUCCUGAGUUACUGCUUGGUGAACGCAAUUACGGGCCCGCAAUAGAUAUGUGGGGAGCUGGCUGCAUUAUGGCUGAAUUUUGGACUCGUUACCCAAUUAUGCAAGGUUCUUCAGAAUUAGAACAAUUAAAGUUAAUAACUUCUUUAUGUGGGUCAAUAACUCCAGAGGUAUGGCCUAAAGUUGUCAAUUAUGAGAUAUAUAGAAAUAUUGCACUACCAAAAAAUAAUACACGAAAUGUAAAUAUUUUUUUUAUGCGUCAUAUUAAUAGCAAACUUGGAUGUGAUCUACUCGAUAAAUUAUUAGUAUUGGACCCGGGUAAGAGGUUAGACGCUGACACAGCGUUGAACCAUGAUUUUUUUUGGAAAGAUCCUAUGCCAAGUGAUUUGUCUAAAGCGAUGGCUCAAAUCAAAAAUCAAUGUCACGAAUAUACUAUGCUUCAACGGCAAAUUUUUAAUAAUAAUCAAAAAUGCGGAAAUCGGGCUAAACCAUAGCUCUUGAGACAAAUCCAUACAGUUAUAAGCUAUAAUCUAUAAGCUCAAACAGCUAUGACCAAGACUUUGUUAUUAAACAAAACAGCAAGUAAGUAUAAAAUAUUUUUUGCACUAAAAAUUAGCAUGAAAUUAACAUGAAUUGGCAAGACUAUUAUCAUGAUUUGCAUUUGAAACUUUCACCCUUCCCCCUUCAAGAUUAAUCCUAGAGUAAAAUGUACUACACAUGCAUCAAUUAUAACAAACACAUACGUCAAACACCAUUCUUCAUUUAAUAUAAUAUAAUCAGCACAAAUUUAAAAAGUAACCAGAAUUUUUAAGUACAAUUCGUGCUAAUUAUUGGCAGCAAAAAAAAAUUCGAAAAUCCUUUUUUUCAAUCAUGGUGUGAGGGAGUUAGCUGAUGAAACGUUUGAACAGCUCCCCUAAGGUUUAUUGAUUAUUUAUCAUUAGAUUGUGUCAUGCAAAUUAUGAUAAUAAUCUUGUCAAUUCAUGCUAAUUUCUACAUUGGGGGGGAUGAAACGGACAUGCAAACACAGGCUUUCUAGAUUGAUUUUUAAAAAAAUGUCGUUUAUAGCUGUCUUGUACAUUUGUUAAUUGAAUAAUUAAUUAAAAAAACGUAUGAAAAACUAAAAGACUGAUAAUUCUAGAAUUUAUAAUAAUUUUUUUAUCUGAAAAUUGUACAUAAAAUGUUUAAUGUCUAUGCAAUUAUA